AUGGAGAAGUCCACCCCGCCCCACCCCCACAAGAAAAGCAUGCGUUUUGCUCUUCCCGACAAGGAACAUCCCAUAGCCGCCGCCGGCGACCGGUCCAGACCCGUUUCGAAGGCAGGUGACCGCUCCACACCCGUUUCGAAGGCCGGUGACCGCUCCAAACCCGUUUCGAAGGCCGGCGACCGCUCCCGAACCGCUUCGAAGGCCGGUGACUCCCACAGAUCCAAGCUACCGAACACGCCCAUUGCGAACGCCCGCCAGCCUUCCAUUCCAGAACAACAGCAACCCAUCCGUUCUCUUGUCGGCGACUACAUGCGAUUCGAAGACACCAUGCGCAGCUUCUCGACGCUUACUCUCGCGCGGCCCGACAUACGCCACCCGCUUCCAGCGCGCCCGCCGAUUCCCCUGCGUGAGAUCCCGUUCCACCCGGCGCAGCGUUCCGUCAUCGUUGCCAAGACGGGUACGCACGAGACUGUUCGGGCUUGGGCGGAACAGUUCGGUCCCGUCGAGAGUUGCAGUCUUUACCCCGGGAUGGGACACAUCAACUUCUUCCGGUCGGCGGACGCCAGGAGGUGUGUCCUUGAGGGAAAGGGCGAAUGGAGUUCUGCCCGGAAUGUGUACAUCGAGAUCGGUGUCAGGGUGGGAGAGUGGGGUGUUUCUCAGGAAGGAGGUGCCGUGGGACACGUGGACAGUUGGACUCCUCCGCAGUGGUGA